CUUUAAAGAAAAUAACUUGUAUGAAAGAUUCGUCGAACCCAGUUGCUCCUCAAGAACCAGUUCCAGAAGUUGAACCAGCUCGAGAUGUAAAACCUGUUCCAGUAGUUGAAUCGGUUCCAGAAAUCAAACCAGUUCCACUAAUUACAGAACCAGUUCCACUGAUUACAGAACCAGUUAUUUAUGAAAAAAAUGAAGCAAGGAUUUCCUUAGAAUUGGAGAAAGAGUUUUGUUUGAUGGUGAAUAGAGAACUUCAUGUUAGCUAUUGUAAUAUUUAAAGUAUAGGUGACUCAUGAUAAAAACCUCCCCCAGUCUCACACCUUUAUCUCUUUGUUCUUUUAAUGAAUGCG